GCCGCCGCCCGGCGCCUCUCCGCUACCCGAGCGCCUCCAUGUUGGUAAAGGGGUCGGGGACGGGGACAGAACGGAACUUCCUCUUCUCGCGGGAGCUGGAGGCGUGACUGCCACGUCCGAGCAAACCGGGAAAGAAGAGGAUCCCGGAGCCGCGUGAUGGCCAGAGGCCUGGGGCCCCCCUACAAGGUAGCCGUGGGACUGCUGACCUGGGCGGCCUUGGGGCUGCUAGUGGCCGGACACGGGGGUCACGGAGACCCGCACGACGAGCUGCACGAGAACUUCCAUGGCCACGGCCACGGGCACUCACAUGAGGAUUUCCACCAUGGACACAGCCAUGCGCAUGGCCAUGGACACAGCCAUGCCCAUGGCCAUGGACAUACUCAUGAAAGCAUCUGGCACGGGCACACCCACGGUCACGACCAUGGACAUUCCCAUGAGGAUAUGCACCAUGGCCAUAGCCAUGAGCACAGCCAUGGAAGCUUUGGGGAGUCUGGGGCUCCAGGCAUCAAGCAGAACAUGGACACUGUCACUCUCUGGGCCUAUGCACUAGGCGCCACAGUGCUGAUAUCUGCAGCCCCAUUUUUUGUCCUCUUUCUCAUACCUGUGGAGUCAAACUCCCCCCGGCAUCGCUCUCUGCUCCAGAUCUUGCUUAGUUUUGCCUCAGGUGGGCUCCUAGGAGAUGCCUUCCUGCACCUCAUCCCUCAUGCUCUGGAACCGCAUUCUCAUCAGCCUGUGGAACAGCCUGGAGGACACGGACAUUCCCACAGUGGACAGGGUCCCCUACUGUCAGUGGGCCUCUGGGUGUUGGGUGGAAUCGUCGCCUUUCUGGUGGUGGAGAAAUUUGUAAGACAUGUGAAAGGAGGACAUGGACAUGGUCACAGCCAUGGGAGUCAUGGACACGGAAAACAUGAGCGUUCCUCAAAGGAGAAGCAGAGCUCAGAGGAAGAAGAAAAGGAAGGAGGGGGGUCACGAAAAAGGAAAGGCGGACAGGCAGUACCCAAAGAUGGGCCUGUGAGACCUCAGAAUUCUGAAGAGAAAAAAAGAGGUUCAGAUCUCCGUGUAUCGGGGUACCUGAAUCUGGCUGCUGACCUGGCACAUAACUUUACGGAUGGCCUGGCUAUUGGUGCCUCAUUUCGAGGGGGACGGACACUAGGGAUCGUGACCACAAUGACUGUCCUGCUACAUGAAGUCCCCCAUGAAGUUGGGGACUUUGCCAUCUUGGUCCAGUCUGGCUGUAGCAAAAAGCAGGCGAUGCGUCUGCAACUCCUGACGGCACUAGGGGCACUGGCAGGCACAGCCUGUGCCCUCCUCACUGAAGGCGGAGCGGGGCCUGGCUGGGUCCUGCCAUUCACCGCAGGUGGUUUUAUCUACGUAGCGACAGUGUCUGUGUUGCCUGAGCUGUUGAGGGAGGCAUCACCACUGCAGUCACUUCUGGAAGUGCUGGGGAUCCUGGGGGGCGUUGCCAUGAUGGUGUUGAUUGCCCAUCUCGAGUGAGAGGUGGGACAAACUACCCCCACCUGAUCCCAAACCUCUAGCCUCGAGGUCCUUCAGGUCAGAGUCCUGUGGAGGCUGGGGGCCCUGGCUAGAGACAGCUGCCAAGGGAGCAGCAUUGGCUUGGCGUGAGGGUCCGGAGGUUUGUUGACUUUUGUAGAGGUGAGAGGGAGAGGGACCAUAUGUGUAUGUAUGUGUAUAUAUAUACAUGUGUGUGUGUGCUGACCAUGUUUGUUGGGUUUGGGGAGCUAAGUAGGGGGGUGGGGGGAUGAAGACUGGCACAGAGGGGGAACGGCAGCCUACCCCAGCCCCCUACCCAUUAGUUGGGGACCAAGCUGCCACACGCUGGCUUCUGUUUUCCCUCCCUCCCACAGCGGAGGUGUCAGGGAAGGCCGGAGCCCUGGACAGUGGUGGUAGCAGGAGGAGUCAACAGGAGGGAUGACCAUCAAUCAGUGGUGUGGCCUGAUUUGGAAGUGAUGAGGGAGGGGGUUGGGGGAGCUGUUAAUCUUAGGGCCUGAUUUUUUUUUGUUUCUAUUCUUUUUAUAUCACUGUUGGAAUCUUGGGGAAGGGUGGUGACUAGCAAUAAAGUCCUUGAAUCUCCGCCCCA